AUGAUCAUCCUAUCAUCUCUGUUACCCUUGCAAAUAUUCAUCCUCGCUGUUGGCGUAUGGGCAUCAUCCACGUUUGAUUGCAAAAAUGUACGAUCGGAAAAUUAUCAAUUCGAUCUGUCAAGGUUUAAUUUUCCGGUAGAAAUAAUGGAUACCGAACAAACACCACCAACAACUACAAAGACAUCGAUCAAAAUCGACCUUUGUGCCCCACUACCACAAGAAAAUGGACCUGCAGUCGAACAAUGCAAAGAAGGAACGAGGAUAUGCAUGAGAGUGAUUAAUGAUAAGAAAGGGGAAGGCGAACGGGUAACACAAGUGAUUUCUGCAGGUGGAAAUGGAAUAGAUGAUGGUAAAUGGUCAGUACAGCUAGGUGAACAUGUUGAUGGUGCAGAAAGAGUUCUCGAACUCGAAAUGGCUGGAGACUAUUAUGGCGAUCGUAAACAACGAACAGAGAUCGAUUUCAGAUGUAAUAAAAACGGCCCAAAAGACGCAAAGCCAAUCAUGAAGAAAUACGAUCGAGAAGAAGGAAAGCUGAAGUUGGAGUGGACAACGCCAUAUGCUUGCACAACACAUAUGGGCGGAGCAGGGGAUAAUGAUCGCAGUGAUACCGAUAAAGGUGGAAAUCAAGAUCCAAACAAGAACAGUGGCGGAUGGGGAUUCUUUUCCUGGUUCUUUUUCUUGUUGAUCGUUGGAGGGAUCGUGUACUUUGUUGCCGGACUAUGGAGAAAUUACAACGAGUAUGGCGUCAUUGAACUGCCGAACAAAGACUUCUGGAGGGAAGCUCCUUAUAUCGCCAAGGAUAUGGGCAAGCACAUCUACUCAACCGUAUCAGGGCAAGGAUCUUCGCGUGGGGCUUAUGAACCGGUAUGA